UAACAAUUUUGUUCGAAAAAGAUGGCGUUUCUGAUGAAGUAUUCGAAUGUCCUUGGGCGUUUUAACACAAUCCAACGACUGAUAACUGCUUCAAAGAGCACAACAGCAAUACCUAGCUCUGAUGAUCAGGCUCCAAGACCAUUCUCUGAUAUGCCAGGGGACAGUGGCUGGCCUUUUAUUGGUGUGGUUGGCAUGCUAGCAAAGUUAAUUAACGGAAAAGUCGGAAAAGAGUCAGUGUUUCAUGAAAUCCAUACCAAACAUGGCUCGAUUGUAAAACUAAAGUCAGUGGGUAAUCAAUGGCUUGUGUUUGCCAAUGAACCCGAUGCAGUUCAAGAAAUGUUCAAAGCCGAAGGGAAGUACCCAUCACGCAAUUACUAUUAUGAAAGCACAAUCAACAACAUUCACAAAAUGAAUAACUGGCCGUCCCCCAUGGUGUUCGCCCACGAGGAGGACUGGAAGAGAAUUCGUUCGGCUACGAGUAAGCAAGUGAUCCCCAGGAGGGUUGGUAACCUCACUCCCCCUGUGUGUGACGCCACUGAUGACCUCCUGAACCAAAUGACGAAGAUGUCCUCCGAGAAUAAUGGCCGCAUUGAGGAUGUGAUGCAUCUCAUCACCAAGUGGGCUUUCCAAAAUACUGCCUGCUUUGUGUUUGGAGAGAAUAUCGAUGUGUAUAACACAACAGACCCCAUUCAUCAGGAGUUCAUCGUAGCAGGCUUAGAGUUCAUCAAACAAAUCAGUUUGCUGAAACCCUUACCCAUUUAUGAUUACUUUCCCUCGCUAGCAUACCGGAAGUUUAUUCAAGCUACACGACGAAUGCGAGAGUUGGGGAAGCAGAUAAUGGAGAAGAAGGUGGUUGCUCUGAGUGAGGACAUAGCGAGGGGUGUGGUGGAUGAGACGAGGGCCGUGGGGAUUCUGGAGCAGUGGCUCAUUGAAGGGAAGCUAGAACCAGAGGAUGCUCUCACUCAGGCUUGUGACUUUCUCUCUGCUGGUUUAGAUACGACCAAGAACAGCAGUACAUUCCUUCUGUAUGAGCUUGCCAAGCAACCAGCACUGCAAGACCAACUGUGUGCUGAGAUCAGGACUGUUCUUGGUGACAAGGUCAAUCCAUCCUGGGUGGACUUACAGAACAUCCCCCUCGUCCGCUACUGUCUCAAGGAGACCCUCAGAAUGUAUCCCGCUAUACAAAGUAACAUUCGACAGAUUCAAUUGGAUGGUGUCAUCAGUGGAUAUGAAGUUCCUGCUGGGACUAUGGUAUUUGCCACCAAUGCAUUAAUGUCACGCAGUACGGACUACUUUGAUGAGCCAGAUAAGUUCAUUCCUGAGAGGUGGAAUAAGAAGAACAAGGAGGACUCUAUUCAUCCGUUUAUCUCUCUACCCUUUGGGUUCGGACAGAGAGCAUGCUAUGGGCGUCGUUUAGCUGAGCUGGAGAUAUAUGUCCUCCUCACCAAGCUCAUCCCCAGAUUCACCCUCUCCACUGACCAAGACUCCAUUGCUCUGUUUCAGGGAACAGGUCUCAGGCCAACCAAACCCAUCCCCAUUACUAUUAAGGAGAGAUCACUGUGACAGUCUUUAUAAUACCCAUGUUACGAAGUUUUUCUGAUUAUUUGAUAAUAAUUACUCAUUCGUUAAUUCAUAGAAUUUUAGUGGCUUUCACAUGCUGUAUCCUAUAGUAAUUUUGUUUUAAUAAUUAUAAUGAUUCUUUUACUGA